ACUGCAGACGAUUUUCACGUGUAGCACGAUCUACCUCGCAGUCUUCUAGCCGAGGAAAGUUCUCGUCUGAAGGAAUUCAAAUGAAGAAACUGGGGAUAAUCAUCGCGAUGACGGUGGUUGUCAGCGCGUACAAGGAUGAAAGGAGGACCCUGUCACCUUUAGAGGACUUCCCGCCUUAUCAAGGAACUAGGCAACACCCACCUUUCCACGAGCAACAUCAGCCAUUCCGGGAGCAAUCGCUCAAGACGCAACCGUAUCAAUCCUACAGGCAACGACACUAUCGUCAGGAGACUUCGUCGUAUCCUGAACGACUGUCCUUCAGGGAUCAGCCGUUCCUGAGAGAUUAUUCGUCAUCGAGAAGUCGACCGUUCUACGGGGACAGCUCGUCCUAUCGAGACGGGCCAGACUUAAAGGGACAGGCUUCGUUCUUCAUAGACGGAACGUCGUUCAGAGACCACCGGUACAGGGAUCGAGACACAGUCAUCAGGAACGAGCAGUCCUUCCGUGACCAGGCACUGAACGAGCAGUCCUUCCGUGACCAGGCACUGAACGAGCCGUAUUCUUACCAACCCCAACCCUUUGGCGACGAUGUUCGGUACUCAGACUCGUACGACAAGCUGACCAACUCUUACAAAGAUCAAAAGUAUAGUCAACCGGAGUCCUUUGGUAGGGAUCAAGAGUAUUUGAAGCACGGAAACCAUGGUCUCGGUUACGUUUCCAUGCCACCGGUUUCACCCUACGAGAACGCUCUACCAUUGAACGAGGAAUCGUCUACUACGACGACAACACCGACGUCGGCGUCGCCAACCGCUCAACCCUUGCAAGAGUCUACUGUCUCAACCUCAACCACCGCUGAGACUAUCACCCGACUUCAUACGUCUGUGACUUCCCAGCCGAAAAUGGCUUUACCGGUGACAAUGCCAAGCGUGAAAUCCGAUACGUUGGCUGAUUCCGAUGCUACCAACCCUCCCACGCCGACAGUUUCCACGGUACCAGCCGCAUCGGUCACCUCGAAGCAAUCUUCGAACCUGGCUCAUCCAUCGACAGUUAUGCCCACGAUGGCCAGCUUGCCUGUCAUGACCACGGAAUCGCCGUUGAUAUCCUUCGAAAGACAGCCGAUGACUCCUGUCGAGUUCCCACCGUCAAGGUUCACCCCGGCUGCGUCUUAUUACGUCCCCAACGGCCUGAAGAACAAGUUCCAGCAGUCUUUGCUCAGCUAUCUGCUGUCGCAGCAGGCGAAAGCUUCUGUCAAAAACAACGACCACAAUUCGGUGCUGAAUUACGCGCUCCCAGACGUGUUGAACAACAACGUGAACAAGAUUCAAAAUUUACCGCUGAAUUACGCGCUCUCAGACGUGUUGAACAACAGCGUGAACAAGAUUCAAAAUUUACCGCUGAACUACGCGCUUCCAGACGUGUUAAACAACAGCUUGAACAAGAUUCAGAGUCCUGUAUCGAGCUACGUGCUUCCGCAGGAAUCGAAGGACGCGCUAAAGGAUAACUUGCAGAGCUCUCUGUUGAGCUAUCUGCUGCAGUCUCAGUCGAAUCGUGGUUUAUCGUUCCAACAAUCUUCCUCACCGGAAACCCUGAAUUACAUUCCGCUGGGCAACACGUUGGCCGAGAGACCGAAGCUCCAUAUGCCAAAUAUACCGAUCUCAACUUUGUCAACAGUUUCUCGACCGAUCCAGUCCAUAAACUACGUUUCCACGAUGCCCAGAGUACCCACCUUCGUGACUCAAGACACGCAGACGUCUUCUGAUAUCCCUUUAGGUGCGACGCUAGCCUCCGGCUUGCCCCAGAGCAUCUCUGAGACCCAGUCUACGAACGUAUUCAACAGUCUACCUGGCGGGUUCAGCGGCAUAUCUGCGAGCAUACCUGGCAGUCUCUCAUCGGGCGUUUCCACAGGCAUGCCAACUUUGAACUUGGCUCAGAAUUUCCAACAUUUUGGCCAGCUGCGGCCAUUCGAAGCGACAAGAAGUCAGCCGCUCUCGUACUCCACAGGAUUGCAGAUGCAGCUGGGCGGUUUCGGCGGGAUGGAUUAUGCCUUACGGUCGAGUAAUCCUGCCCCACGGCCACUGGAGCUCGGCAUCGCGAAAGUGGGCUUAAGUAUGCCGGAGUUACCGCGACACCAGCUUCUCCAAGGUUGGGCUUAAUCGGUACUCGUGGUAAACGCACGCAAGGACUGCAAUAUACUUGGCCAUGUACGGAAUAUAUUUAUCAAACUGCCAAAGUCGAACAUAAUCUAGGUUAACGCUACAAAAGAAAAGUGUUUCAUAGUUUUAUAAUUUAGUUGUAGGUGUUAUCUAAUCAUAAGUACACGUAACAUAAUUUACAACGACAUGGAAAUAAAGCGUUGUUUUCAAAAGUGUUGUUACGCCGAAGAAAAUGUCAUUUAACGAACAAAUACUACCGACACACGACGUUUUACCUACGUUAUCGUUGAGUUUGUUCUUUGUCUCGGCGAUUCUUUCAGUCUACAAUGGUCUAACGGCCCGUAUGUUUUUCUUAUUACGAAGAAACUCCGCUGUCGACCUUCUUGCGCGUUACUUUUCCGUGUUUUAUCGCUGCAUCACCUUUUCUUUGCCUGUUAAUGGCCUCACGUGAACGAUCCAGGACGUCUGCGAGAACAAGGGUUCAGUCCCUUACAUAGUCCCGAAGGCGCCCUUUGCUUCGGCGGUAUUCGUAAAAGUCGAUGUGAAACGAUUUCGUUGCAGAUUGGAUUCGGUCGAGGAUUGUAGUUCUCGAACAUGACCAUCGUCACUGUGAAUUGCAUCGAGUGGGAAUCUGAAGUUCUGAUAUUUAGAGACUUCCUACUUCGCAGGACGCAAGGACAAAGGAGGAGAAAUAUGGGGAAAGGCGUCUUUGUGUGGUUAACGGAAUACUGACAAUGGUCGAAAGCAUGGUUUUGCAAUUGUAUUAUAUGUAUACGACUUAUGCUAUAAACUUACCUUCACUCGGGACACGUAGAAUGAAAAGUCGUCGUUAAUUUAUACUAUAUUUUAUUAAUUUUAACAAGUGUCCGUGUGUUCGGUUUGUCGUGUCUCUGAAUGAUCGUGUCCGUGUUUCGCGUGUGAACAUGUAUUAGUAUUGCCAUCGGUACAUACAGCAUUUUAGACAUUCAUUUUUGUUUCUUUGUUUCGUUUCAUCUCGCUUAUCGUUAGUCUCGGCAAAUUAAAGAUUCACCGCUUACAUCUAUGCCCUGUAUAGACCAUUCGUAGUAAUAAUUAAGAAAUCCAUAGGAAAAACAUAGUUCUCUCGCACCCAGAGCGACACACACUCUCCACUGGACACUUUAGCCGUUACGCUUCGAUCAAUUAUUUGUUUCACGAAUCUCCUUUGUUUCUCCCGUCUCGCAGAGGUGGAAUCCAACCUCGCGUGAUACGGGGUUCGUUUCAGAAUUCCGGCGAAUUUUCCUCGAGCCUCCUGCAGGCAUUCAUGUUCGCUCGCAUUCUUCGUCGACUAAAUAUAUAUGUAUUUACACAGAUGUACAGCGCCACACCAUACUCGUCCCAUAGAUAGUGUACAGGUACAUUGCAUACGUUUAUCAUGUACAUACAUAUCUAUAUACAGAGAAGGGAACGUAUCCAGGUUAGAAAAAUACACCGAUUUUACGCAGGAGUUUCAUUUUCAUCGUUAAAAAGCAUCGAAAGAAGUUCGCAUUGAGACAACUUCCAGUGAGACAAUUGUUCCUUAAUGUUCGAAGAAGUUUUUCAGAAAUUUAGAGAAGAAAUACUAUAUUUCAAUUAAUUGUCAACGAAUCGAUCUGCAAAUUUCUGAAACACUUCUUCGAACAUUAAGAAACAAUUGCCUCACUGGAAGUUGUCUCGAACACGAACUUCUCUCGAUACUUUCUAACGCCGAAAAUGAGAAGAAUCGUUAGCUGGCAGUUACUCAUUUGCAAUUAAAUAUUAAUAAACAACAACAAAUUUUCGGCUUUCUGAUGGAUUGGUAGGCAUCGGUGGAUCCUACUUUGUAUACGUAAUUAAAAUUACAAAAACAAUUGUUGUAUGAAGAUUUAGAAUUAAUACUACAAAUCAGCACUGUGUAAAAUGCUAGGCUUUGUCGACUUUCGCUCGUCGCGGAAGCACGCUUCGGCUAAAUUACGUUUUGCAGCUAGACCUGGGGUAGUUGCCGAUUUUACGCGACUUCUGACCUAUAUUACACAGGGAGGUUGGUAAGAGACAUAAAAUAAAAGCUUUCCAUGUGUGGCUUUUUUCUAGAACAUAAUUAAAGGGGAAGCAAUAAACUAAUGGAUAAAACGCGUUUUCGGUUGCUCCAAUUUCGCAAGACGCAUUAAUUUUCUUAUCGCGUUUCGGCGAAAUGAAACAAAAAGGAUUGGUGUACGGGAGGGUGAAGACGCUAAUGGCAAUAUGAUACUUCUGGUUUCGGUUCAAAGGUUCGUUCGCGAGCGAAAAAAUUCGACAAUCGUUUCCGUGUUUCCGGCCUUGCCCCUAAGAACUUUCGCUUCCCCGUUAACGAUCGAGGGCGAAGCUCGAGAACUUCGCCAAUUAAUAAUCUCUGGCUGGUUCCUUUAUCUCGCGACAGCGUAAAAUGGCACCUGGCGCGAUCUACCGCGAAUCGGAGCACGUUUAAAACGUCACUGGCUGGAAUAACGGGAGUGAAAAGUUCCUUACGGCGUUGCGGAAGCGUAUAAAUGAGACAGUAAUUCUUCUUUUCGCUAGUCUUUCGUUCCUCCUAAUUGGUACGGCAAUUGUAGACAUCGGGUAUAUACGUUCGUUCUAAGAGCAAUUUUCGCAGCAAUGACAAAUUGUCGUCAUUAGUUAAGCGUUUCGACCAUUACACCGGGCUUUCUUCGGAAACAAGAGUUAAAUACCGCGAAAGUAUAAAGUUUGCAGUCGGUCGACAGUGGAUUUAUCGCGCAAAACUAAACGGAUUUUCAUAAUUCUUCACGAAACCCAUCAAGUAUCACUUAGACGACGUUCACUAGUAUUACAAUUUCUUUUGACAUCGUGUGAUUUUCGAGCUGUAAAAACGAGAACAUUAAUUUUCAAACGAUAAUAAUUUCAUACUCAACGGGUUGAGAAUGUCACAUAAACGUUUUAUAGAACUAUAAAGGAUCCUGCAUCGUGUAACGCAAAUUUAACACCCGUUCACUGACAGCCACGUUUCCGUGUGAAAAAACCUCGAAGAGCGAAAGAAAGUAAUCAGGAUCUCUCACUCCGAAACGAACUACGACGUAACGCACAGUUUCAGUAAAAGGUAGCUUUAUCACAAUUCAUCGAGAAGAAGUUUCCCUAUUGUUCUGCCUAGCGUUUAGCGAUACACUCUCUAUCGUUACCUUUAGUGUUUGUUAGUAAUUGCGGUGUACCUAGGAUCUCUUUAGCGCCAAUCGCUGCGGCUCGAAUGAUAAUUCGUUAAUCUCUACGAUUAUUUACAAAUAUACAUUGGAAGCUUACGACUACGUGAUAGAACGUGUUCGUAGAACCCAUACAGAGUAAAAAGCUUUGAUUGUAGACGUUAUUGCGACAGCGCGGGUCACGCGAAACGCUUGUUCGUUCAAUUGCUCAAACUAGGGUAAACGUACCAAUCGGCAAUGAGCCGCCAGUGGUCGACACUUUCCGUGUUAUUAAACUCCAGAGUUAGUUUCGCCGCUGCAAAGACAUUAUCCGCUAAAGACUCGGUAUUUAUUUUGCUAGAAAUCCGUCUCGAGUAUCGUAUGAGCGAAUCGAACGGAAAAAGGAACUUCAUCGUAUCAAAGAAGUCGGGCGGUACGCCUCCCGGCUAUAUUUACUCUGUCUCGGCACUAAGAGACUGCACGAUCUUGCUGGUUUUGCCGGGAAAGGGAAGUAGAAAGAGCGUUAAGCCCAUCGAGUCUCAUUUUAUUUACUUUCCUUGGCGACGAUCGGACCAUAAAAAAGCACAGACGUGAAAACGCAAACUCUUCGUGAUCGUUCUCAGUAAAUCGAGAAUCUUAUACGAUGUUAAUAUGGACGAUGUAACAUUACAUUUUCCAUAACGUUUAUUAUUGGUACGUUUGUCCUAUUUGUUUUGAAGGUUUAGAAAUAUCGUUUCCCUUCCACGUUUCGCGCGCCCUGGUACACGUGUGACAGUGUAGACGCGUUUCGGAUGCCAAUGUACGGACAGGUAUCGUGUCUCGUACUCUUACUGAUAUGUUUGAAAAUUCGCUCGUGGGAGACUUCGUGGUCCCUCGCGGCGAUGGAACAAGAAGCGCGGCACUGCACGGUAUCGAUACGUUCGAUACAGGUAUUUCCGAUGCGUCGUUCGUGUCCUGUUGUCUGCUUCGUCGAACGGGUCAUGCACGUACAAUGUUUAUCUUCGCGGGAGAAUUCCUCUGCGCUGUUCGUAGCACAGGCAAAAACGAGCGGGGACGCCUUUCUCGUAUAUCGAUUUUCGUUUCCUCGGUGUUGGACGGGAACGCUCGAAGCAGUUAACGCGCAAUACGCGGUACAUAAAUUCUGAUCGAGGCUCGAACCGACGGCGACAUAACGCGGAAAUGAUUGACAGCAAGCACCACCUUUCCACGUUGCUUUAAAAGACAUCGAUCUUUUUAAGAUUGUCUAAAACGAAAUUUUGUACAUACAGCGAGAACAUUAUACCGUUGAAUCUUCAAGUCAAUCAGUUUAGUGGUUUCACUUCUAUGCAAGGUUGGAUAGUAAAGAACACGAAAGGGAAAAUUGAUUUUAUGAAAUCGUGACUGCGGUGUUUGUCCUUAAGCGGCACUGAAGGAAAACAGGGAUAAAGCGGAUCUUCUUAAAAGUUUCCUCGAAUUGAAUAUAUCGAGAAAAGUUUGAAUUCAAAUGGUCCGAGAAAUAAGUAACUCGAGCUACGCUAUUCUGGGACGGUUUCGC